CAAUUUCCUGUAUCAGCUGUUGGUUUACUUAUGAUGUACUCUGUGAAUGCAUGCUUGAGACUUUGUCAACCAAAUGUGCUACAAUGCCUUAUUAAUUGAUAACUUUCUCUUUCAUUAUACAGAUGGAGCGAAUGAGAUAUGAUAUUGGCUAUUGGCUAUUUAAAAUCCGUUGUCUUUCAAGUGCUUUAAAUUUGAAUGCUAACGAAAAUGGAGUAGGUUCAGUCUUGUCAGUGUUCAUGUGCAUCUCUGCGAGCAGAUUAGAUUUUCAAAUUCCACAACAAUGACUUGGUUUUUGCUUAACUAUUCUUGCUCAUUCUAUUGUAUCGGGUAGCUUACUGAUACGUCCACCACUGUGACUACGAGUUCACCAGUGAAGAAUCAUUUUUAGACAAGGACAUAACAAAGUAAUCCCACUAAAAUUGAGAGCAAGCACUUUAAUUCCUCAAAAAUCUCUAGUAAUGGCCAGGCCGGCAUCCAUCUUUGAUAAAGGGUACCAUCCCGACCGCCAUAAUGGCCGUCACACACCGAAAUCCGACGCCUCUCCCAAUUACAACCGCUGCAAUCCCUCCUACCAUAGUUACGAUGACCAUCACUGAGAGACCAGUCGCGAACUCUACCGUCCAAGGUCACCUGAUGAUUAUCCUAUCUCUAGAAGAAGAAGAAGCCCAAGCCCUAGUCCCCAAGAAACCAUAGAUUCUCGUCCAAAAAGGUUCGGUGGCAGGGGGCGCCUUGAUAGGAAGGGAAAGGAUUCGGAAUGAAAAGGAUUGAGUUUGCAGGAACUAAAGAGGCUGAAGAGGCAGAGCACGAGGAAAAAUUGCAUGUAUUGUAUAUGGAAUCUUACACCUAAUCCGCCAAGGAAUGAGAACGACGAAAAUCAGGUUUUUGAAGAUAAAGUUUAUGAGGUUUCGGAGAAUAAGCAGCACAAAUAGGAAAAGAGAUAUUCGAGGGAGAAAGAGAAGGGUAAUUCGGUGUCUGAUUCUGAGAAUUCUGAGAGUAGCGAUUUGGAGAAUGAUUCUGAAUCAGAGACUGAAUCUGAAUCGGGUGAUUCUAGGUCAAGGAGAAAGAGGAGUUUGAGUUCUAAGUGUAAAACUAGGAGUCUGUCUAAAGAAAAUGAGAGUGAAUCAGAUGAGGAUGAGAGUGGGAGUGGAGAUGAAAUUGAAUCUCUCUCUGACGAGGAUAAAAAUCGCAGGAAGAAAUCAUAGAAAAAGAGCAGCAGUAGGCGAAAGAAGAGUAGCAAGAGAAGUAGUAGUAGGAGAAAGGUGAGGAGGACGAAGAGUAGGUCUAGUUAAUCGGAUGAUAGUGGUAGUGAAAAAUCUAUUCACAUGUCUAGAAAGCGGAGAUGUCGUUCAGGUACAGGAUCCAAAAACAGCAAGAAAAAGAGGUACGAAAAAGAGAGUGAGAAUUCAUAUUCUGAUGAGGGUUCAGGUUCUAUAAUUGCUGCAGAGGGAAAAUCACAGGCAGAUGAGAUGAGAAAAGCUAAAGUCGAUGCUGAGGCACUUAUUUAUAGGGAGAUGAUUGAAGCACAGCCUGCUUUGGAUAACGAAUCUGUGGUUGGGCCAAUGCCAUUGCCUAGAGCUGAGGGUCGUAUCAGUUAUGGAGGGGUUAGACCUGGUGAAGGUGAUGCUAUUUCUUAUUAUGUGCAGCAAGGAAAAUGUAUUCUACCGAGAGGUGAAGUGGGUCUUUCUGCUGAAGAGAUUCAAAAGUUUGAGAAUCUUGAGUAUGUGACGAGUGGUAGCAGGCACCACACGAUGCAUGCCAUUCGUACUUGGAAAAAAAACCAGUAUAGUGCUGAAGGUAAGCGAGCUUUGGCCAUGUUUAACUAUGAAGAGAAGGCAAAAAGUGAGCACAAGGUUAUGGCUGAUUUGCAGAGGCUGAUGCAGUGCCAUAUUGGGCAGGAUGUUGAUCCUACUCAUGAUCCUUUUUCAGGAAAAACAACUGAUGGUGCUGAUGCUUGAUCUUGAGAUGCUAGAUUGCUGGGGAAAAUGGAAAAUAGAAGGAAAGAAUUCAGGUAUCUCCGAAGGCGAAAGGCGAUAUGGAAAUGACAUCCACAUUACGAGGGCGCAGGCGUGGUGGUGAUAUGCCGUGGAUGACUAGGGGGUAUCAGCACAUGGGACUAAUACGAGUCCUAUUCCUAUGUAAUAAAUUUUUGGAGAGAUGAAAGGCGGUGGUGGAGGAGAUGAAUUAAAAGUCGUGGGCCUUAUUUUUCUAAGGCUCCACCACCAACAAAGAUGGGAUUUGUUUGAAGCUAUUAUAGUUGCUUGCAUUGAGGAAUCAGCCAGCAAGACGAUAAUGCCUUCAUUGCAUCAAACACAAACUACUCCUUCAUCAUCAUCAUCAUCAUCAUCUUCUUCUAUUAAUGGAAAGAUGCAUUAAAUGCCUCGUUCUUAUCCCAUAAAUGAGUUCUUAGGUUGAGAAUUUGAUUUCGAGUUUUCACCAUACCCACGAGAUGUACAGAAAAUAUGGCCUAUGUCUUUGAUUUUAAGUUGAUUGAAUUUUCUACUUU